ACUGUCAUUUCAUUUUUCAUUAUUGUCAUUAAAAGAAAUUUCAAGUUUCAAGUGGUUUUAAAAAGUGAAAAAAAAUUGUAAAAAAAGAUUAUUUCAAGUUCAGAGUACUUUUGAAGUAUAGCUCUGAUAUUAGUGUAUAAUCUAAUAUUACAUUUGUCAUGUGAUAAUCUUUUGAUAAAAUUUAAAAAUAUACAAAGUAAUGGCUUUCUUCAGUAACAUGUUUUUUUUAAAACAGCAUCCAAAAAUAGAAAAUAUUUCUUCAACGACCCUGGUCAGAUUUGAAAGUGGAGGAAAAAUUGAAUCGUCCCAUAAAGUUAAUAACCUUGAAAAAAGAUUUCUCGUUUGGACUAAAAAAUAUAAAACAGUUGAUGAAAUUCCUCCAUAUGUCACCCAAAGUACAAUGGAACGAUGCAGAAAUCGUAUGAGAAUUAAAAUUGCUAAUUACAUGAUGGCAGCCACAGCAGUCGGCUGUAUUGCAAUGAUAUAUUUAGGAAAACAAGAUGCCAAAAAAGGAAUAUCUGUGACUCAACAAAAUAGAGAUUGGCAUGCUCAGAAUAGAGCAAAUAUCGAAGCAGGAACUGCUAAAUAA